UUGAUAACAGACUGAUCAUCAAGCGUGAUAAACCUAAUUUUCCAAGUAAUAUCUUUUGAUUUUGCACUGUCUGCACUGAAUUUUCUCUCGCCGUCAAACUCUCGCAUUACUGACGGCCUAAUGUUAUUCAGCGGAACCGUAGCAGUCUUUAUCAGAGCGGAUUCCUUUUUCAGAAUCUCUUCAUACUCUUCACUGACUCGCCUUAAGAUCCUGACGCAAUGGCUGUGCAGCGCUUGUAUAGGAGGGAGGCUGAGCGAAGCCGUGUCCUGCAGAGAGCCCUGCUGCUCUUCCCCGAUGUGUCCAUCAGCACCGAACACUGUUACAAUGUGGAGCUGGCCGGAUCUGAUGGCCUUGGUCCAGAGCAGAAGGAGGUUCUCUGCUGGCUGUUCAGCUCCCUGUUCCUACGAGACCAGCUGGUGGAGGAACCAACCUUGGUGGCCAGGGAUGGAGAACAUCUGGUGGAGAUUGGGCCCAGGUUGAACUUCUCCACCGCGUGGUCCACCAACGCCGUAUCUAUCUGCCAGAGUGCCGGUCUCAGCCAGGUCACGCGAGUAGAGCUGUCCCGCAGGUUCCUCAUCAAGUGUGCGGAUGGUGUGACUCAGAAGCUGACCAAUGGAGACCUAGAGAAGCUGGUCAGCUGCCUGUAUGACAGUAUGACCGAGUGCAUCUACCCUCAUCCAAUCAGAUCCUUUGCUGUGGAGACACGCCCACAGGAGGUCUUUGAAGUGGACGUUCUUGGAGAAGGACGCGCUGCCUUGGAGAAAGCCAACGAUGAGCUUGGCCUCGCCUUCGACUCCUGGGAUCUGGAUUAUUACACCGCCCUCUUCCAGAGGGUCCGCAGGAACCCCACCAGCGUGGAGUGCUUCGACCUCGCCCAGUCAAACAGUGAGCACAGCCGGCACUGGUUUUUCCGUGGCCGCAUGAUCGUCGACGGACAGGAGCAGACGGAGACCUUGUUCAGUCUCAUCAUGGGCACUCAGCGCCAUAGCAACCAGAAUAAUGUCAUUAAAUUCUGUGACAACAGCAGCGGCAUCACCGGCGUGGACCUAGAGUUCAUGUACCCCAGCGAUCCGGCUCAGCCCAGCCUGUACGUCACCCGGUGUGCCACCCGGCACGUCAUCUUCACAGCGGAGACCCACAACUUCCCCACGGGAGUGGCUCCGUUCAGCGGGGCAACUACAGGUACCGGUGGCAGAAUCCGGGACGUCCAGUCUGCUGGCAGAGGCGGGCACGUGAUAGCAGGCACAGCGGGUUACUGCUUCGGAAACCUGAACAUUCCUGGGUACACUCUGCCCUGGGAGGAUCCCAGCUGGGAAUAUCCCAGCAGCUUUGCAUCACCUCUCCAGGUGGCCAUCGAGGCCAGUGAUGGUGCCUCGGAUUACGGCAACAAGUUUGGCGAACCAGUGCUUGCAGGCUUUGCCCGUUCCUUUGGCAUGAGUCUGGCAAAUGGGGAACGCCGGGAGUGGAUCAAGCCAAUCAUGUUCAGUGGUGGGCUGGGCUCCAUCGAGGAGCAGCAUGUGAAGAAAGAAGAACCUGAGCCAGGGAUGGAGGUGGUGAAGAUAGGAGGCCCUGUCUACAGGAUUGGAGUUGGUGGUGGAGCAGCUUCUUCCAUACAGGUCCAGGGUGACAACGCCAGUGCCCGGGACCUUGGGGCCGUGCAGAGGGGGGAUGCUGAGAUGGAGCAGAAGAUGAACAGGGCCCUGCGUGCCUGUCUGGAGCGACCCUCGGGGAAUCCCAUCUGCAGCAUCCACGACCAGGGGGCGGGGGGAAAUGGGAACGUUUUGAAGGAGCUGAGCGAGCCAGCCGGAGCCAUCCUUUAUGCCAGCAGGUUUAAGACAGGUGAUCCGACCCUCAGUGCACUCGAGCUGUGGGGCGCCGAGUACCAGGAGAGCAACGCGCUGCUGGUGCACCCCCCCGACCGGCCUUUCCUGGUGCAGGUGUGCCGGCGGGAGAAGUGCCCCGUGGACUUCGUGGGAGUGAUAACCGGUGACGGCAGGAUUGUGUUGGUGGAUGACCGUGACAACCCGGGUGAGGGAGGUGAUGCUGGGCUGCAGCCAGUGGACCUUAAGCUGGAGUGGGUGCUGGGGAAGAUGCCACAGAAGGAGUUUGUGCUGGACAGGGUGCCUGCCCCCCUCCUGCCCCUGACUCUGCCCCCAGACCUGUCAGUGCUGGAUGCCCUCGGCCGCGUUCUCCGGCUUCCCGCAGUCGCCAGCAAGCGCUACCUCACCAACAAGGUGGACCGCUCCGUCACAGGCCUGGUGGCCCAGCAGCAGUGUGUCGGCCCCCUGCACACGCCACUGGCCGACGUGGCCGUGGUGGCUCUGUCACCCUUCGGCCUCCAGGGGGCGGCGACAGCCAUCGGGGAGCAGCCAAUCAAGGGCCUGGUUUCCCCAGGGGCGGGGGCUCGCAUGGCUGUGGGGGAGGCCCUCACCAACCUGGUGUUUGCCAGGGUCACUGCACUCAAGGACGUGAAAUGCAGUGGGAACUGGAUGUGGGCGGCCAAGCUCCCUGGCGAGGGGGCGGCGCUGUGGGACGCGUGCCAGGCCAUGUGUGCCGCGAUGGCCCGGCUGGGGGUGGCUGUGGACGGCGGCAAGGACUCGCUGAGCAUGGCGGCUCGCCUGGGCGGGGAGACCGUGAAGGCCCCGGGUUCCCUAGUGAUCUCUGUGUAUGCUGUGUGUCCCGACAUCACUGCCACUGUGACCCCUGACCUGGAGGACCCUGAUGGGAAAGGCGUGCUGCUGUACGUCCCCGUGUGUUCCGGAAAAUUCCGCCUGGGUGGCUCUGCACUGUCUCAGUGCUACGGACAGCUGGGUGACAACAGCCCCGACCUGGAUGAUCCGGACAAGCUGUCCGCCUGCUUCAACGUCACCCAGUCGCUGAUCCAGGAGCGGCUGCUGAGUGCUGGUCACGAUGUCAGUGACGGUGGGCUCAUUUCCUGCCUGCUGGAGAUGGCUUUCGCAGGGAAUCGUGGGAUAGAGGUGGACUUGCCCUUCCAGGGACCAGGAGUCAUGGAGGUCCUGUUCUCUGAGGAGCUGGGGCUGGUCUUGGAGGUAUCAGAGUCCAACGCUGACAGGGUGUGUCAGAGCUACACUGAUGCCGGCCUCAUCUGCCACAGGAUUGGCAGAACUUGUGGAUUUGGGCCAGAAUCAAUGGUCAAAGUGCGAGUCUGUGGAGAGCUGGUCUUGUCUGAAAGCCUGCCCCGCCUCAGGGAAUUAUGGGAAAGCACCAGCUUCCAGCUGGAGAGGCUGCAGGCCAGUCUGCCGUGCGUGGAGCAGGAGGAAGCGGGCCUAGCCAGCCGGACGGCACCAUGUUACAAGCUGACCUUUGACCCCAAGCAGACACCCAGCGCCAAGGAGCUGGGGCUGGGACUUCCCCGGGUGGCCGUGAUACGGGAGGAGGGCAGUAAUGGUGACCGGGAGAUGUCCGUCGCCUUGUUCAUGGCUGGGUUUGAGGUAUGGGACGUGACCAUGCAGGACGUCUGUUCUGGGUCCACCAGCCUGGACCCGUUCAGGGCUGUGGUCUUUGUGGGCGGAUUCAGCUAUGCAGACGUUUUGGGCUCAGCUAAAGGUUGGGCAGCCACCAUGACCUUUAACCCCCACGCACGGGCGGAGUUUGAGCGCUUCCGGCGACGUGACGACACCCUCAGCCUGGGGGUCUGUAACGGCUGCCAGCUGCUGGCCCUGCUGGGCUGGGUGGGCGGGGGUGAUGGAGCUGAGACGGACGUGACGCUAACUCACAACCGGUCUGCCCGCUUCGAGUCCCGCUUCGUGAGCGUGACCAUCCUGCCAUCGCCCGCCGUGAUGUUCAGGGGCAUGGCGGGCUCCUGCCUGGGUGUGUGGGUCGCCCACGGCGAGGGCCUGGUACAAUUUCGGACCCCCCGGGCUCAGGAGCGUGCUCUCCAUGAGGGCCUGGCCCCUCUGCGCUACGCGGAUGACCUGGGGGCCCCCACUGAGGUGUACCCGCUCAACCCAAACGGCUCCCCCCAGGGGAUCGCGGGCCUGUGCUCAGCGGACGGCCGCCACCUGGCCAUGAUGCCGCACCCGGAGCGCACAGUGCUGCCGUGGCAGUGGGCUUGGGCGCCCGCACCCCUGCAGCAAUCCCUGUCGGCCUUGCCCUGGCUCAGCAUGUUCCGGAACGCCGCUGCCUGGUGCCAGAGCGUCCAGUGAAGAUGCAGGGGUGGGGUUCAAAGUUAGAAAACGAGUGUUAGAUUGAUGCGUGAGAUGCCAGCUUCCCACUGUCGCUGUUACUGAUGCGCCUCCCUGUAUGAGCAGAAACCUGCUACUUCAAUACAAUAGUAAUCCAGGGUUAAUAAUAUUAACUCCAUAUUAUCCAUAUUAGCUUUGGCCUGGAAUUUCCCAAAGUAAAUAAGGCCUAGUCUCAGGAUGACUGUUACUGUGAAAGCGGAGCUGUGUCUGUCUCCUGAUAUUAACCUGGGAUCAUGUAGAUUGUGCAAGGUGAUAUAGUUACAGCUGAUUCAUUUUCAUUUUACAAUGUUACUUCCUGUAUCUGUAAGUAGUGUAAGCUGUAGGCUCUGGAAGGGCAUUUAUAAGCAGGUGAAUGUGGAAAUUAGGUAGAUUGUCAACGUUUUCAUAGCCGUUUCAUAGUUUAAUAAAACAUUAGAGCAGCAAAAAUGAGAGUUUCUGUGUGUUUCGUCGUCCUAGGUGGGUCUCAGCUGC